AGGCAACUACAAUUUAGAUCCUUUUUAGAAUCCGCCAUCCGACGACCCGAGGAGCGUAUUGGUGUCGCUUAAAUUAGACUGUCAGAUUUUCAGGUCACCUAACAGAACAAUGUCAGUUGAGCGAAUAUUCGAUGAACUUGGACACUUCAAAAGGUUCCAGGCAUGUUUGUACUUUGCUGCAGUGUUCCAGGCCAUAGCCUGUGGAAUCCACUACCUUGCAUCUGUUUUUCUUGUGGAGACGCCAAGCUUCGUCUGUGCACCGCCAGGGAACCUGAGCGACGUGCUGUACGAUAACCAUACGGGACACACGCUGGAGGAGGUGUUACCUUUCUUCACACCGGGGAAGGGGCCAGUGGUUGUGCAAACGUCCAGUGGUGACCAAUGGGAGCUAAGCCCUUGCAGCUGCGCUUUACGGAUCAACCCUACGGACUUCACGUAUCAAUUUGACGGCAACAAGACGGUGUCAGCGUGCGGCGGGCUCUACGUGUACGACCACAGCGAGGUGUACCAGAGCAUUGUGACGGACUGGGACCUGGUGUGUGAGAGGGAAUGGCUGGCCAAGCUGUGUCAGCCUACCUUCAUGCUGGGAGUGUUGAUUGGGGCCCUGGUGUUUGGGGACAUCGCUGAUAGGGUGGGCAGGAAGAGGAUUCUACAGUUCACCAGUCUGGGGCAGUUCAUCUUCGGUGUGUGUGUGGCGUUCACAGGAAACUACUACUUCUUCAUAGUUGUCCGCUUCUUCCUCGCCAUGGUGUCCAGUGGUUACCUGGUGGUGGUGUUUGUCUACGUGACUGAGUUCACCGGUAACAAGGUGCGCACGUGGACCUCCAUGCACGUGCACGCUUCUUUUGCCGUGGGCAUCAUGGUGGUGGCCCUGGUGGGCUACCUGGUCCGGGUGUGGUGGGUCUACCAAAUCAUCCUCUCCGUCUGCACCUCCCCCUUCCUGCUCUUCUGCUGGAUGUUCCCAGAGACGCCCUUCUACCUGAUGGCCAAGGGCCGCAUCCAGGACACCCAGGCCCUGCUGGACAUCAUGGCCCGCUUCAACGGUCUGGAGUCUGGGCUGAAGGCCACAGACAUCCUGGCCACGGAGCAUCAGGGCUCUGGGGAAAAGGAGGCUAUGCUUGAGUCUGGGCCUGGGCCUGAGGCUGGGCUAAAGUGUGAGCUGGGGUUGCCUGAGAGGAAGCUGAGCAUCCUGGAUCUGUUUGGCACUUGGAGGAUGGCUGGCAGAACGCUGACGGUGUGGGCCAUCUGGUUCAUUGGCAGCCUGGGCUACUAUGUGUUCUCCCUGGGCUCUGUCAACCUUGGGGGGAACCAGUAUAUCAACCUCUUCCUGGCUGGUGCUGUGGAGUUCCCCUCCUAUCUGAUUGGCUGUUAUGCCAUGGACCGGGUGGGCAGGAAGAGGACGUGUGCCCCAGCUCUGCUGCUCAGUGGGAUUGCCUGCAUGCUCAUCAUUGUGGUGCCAAAUGAUAUACAGGUUUUAGCCAUCAUCCUCAGUAUGACAGGCAAGUUUGCCAUUGCCAUCGCCUUCGGACUAAUUUACCUGUACACCUGUGAGCUCUACCCUACCGUCAUCAGGUCCCUUGCGGUAGGCAGUGGCAGUAUGAUGUGUCGUGUGGGCAGUGUGGUGGCUCCGUUCUGCGUGUACCUGGCCGACAUCUGGUUGUUCUUACCUCAGCUGAUUGUGGGGGUCCUUGCGUUCAUCAUCGGUGUGAUGACCUUCCUGCUACCAGAGACCCUGGGGGAGCCCCUGACCACCACCCUGAAGGAAGCUGAGGCCCUGGGACGCAAGCCGAGCAAGAGGAGCCCUGACCUGGGGAUGGAGGAUGGAGUAGAGAUGAUCCAGAGCUCCAACCACCAGAUCAAGGCCUGAGCUGUCAGCCAACCAGGGACAGAGAGAGAGAGAGGGAGAGAGAGAGAAGGAGAAAGAAAGAGAAAGAAAGAGAGGACAUUAACAUAGAUGGCGCCCAAAAAAUUGAAAAGGGGAGUAAAGAAAGAAACCAAGGCGAAAGCAAGGGUGAGGUUUCUACAAAUGGAAAAAAAUAAAAUGAAUACAAAGUACGCUCAGGAUCCAACCAAACAACUUCUCAUUUGGAUACUAAAGAAAACUUUCAGAUGAAAUAUAUUUUUUACAUCGGCCAAGAGACCAAUUAUAGAGCAGGGACACCACCCUUCCCAGGAGCCCAGCUUGCUGUUGCCAGGGACGAUGGAGCGCGAGCAGUUCUGCUGUUCGACAGAUGCCACAGAUGUGGUAGUCGUGUGCCUUAGCAUCAUAGCAACCAGGGAAUUUACAAACAGCAUGAAGAUAAUCAGUUGCAUGUGUAUUUGUGUGUGUGUGUGUGUGUGUGUGUGUGUGUGUGUAAUGAACAAAGUGAGAGUGGUGUGAGUCUGUGAGUCUGUGUGUCUGUGGGGAGUCAGGUGGCUGAGCGGUGAGGGAAUCGGGCUAGUAAUCCGAAGGUUGCCAGUUCGAUUCCCGGUCAUGCCAACUGACGUUGUGUCCUUGGGCAAGGCACUUCACCCGUCGCUCUGGAUAAGUGCGUCUGCUAAAUGACUAAAUGUAAAUGUAAAUGUGUCUCUGUGCUCGUACAGUGACACAAGUGAAUUGACAGAUGAUUAGAUGGCCGCUUCUCUACAGCUAUCAUGUGAAGAGAUUACGGUGGCAAUUUUGAAGAAGAAAGAAAACACGCAUAAAUGCGGAAACACAAUAACCAGGUACUAGUUAUAGAAUCUCAGGGAAUCUAUUGUGCAGGAUCUCACUGUGAUGUAAUCCUUAAUAUUCUCACUGUCCAUCAGUGUUGUUUACCAAUAAUUUAAGUUGAGCUAUUGUGUGUUUAUUGUGUGUGAUUGGGUCAUCUGAAAAUAUCCAAGCUAUAUACUGGUGUCCAUAUUUAAUACAGUACUGUAUUAAACUUACAUGUCUGUGUUGGGACUGCUGUAUUAUUUAGUUAAAAGAAUUCUUGCUUCCAACAUGUACAGCUUGCGUGUAUAAGGACCAUAUUUGGACCAAAUACAGUGAUUAUUAACCCAUUGAAAAAACGUUUUUAAACAAUUAUAUUACAUCUGUUACUUAUCUCAUGGAAAUACUGAGUCUUUGACUUAAGGCACACAGUCUGUUUAGUCUUACAGUCAGUGAAGUGGUUGUUAUGUAUUUUUGUACUGAUGUAAGUUUAAUUAUUAUAAUUUAUUUUGUUGAAAGAAAUUAAAAGAAAAUGCCUAA